UUCAGUUAGAACGUCAAAGUGGGCUUGUGCAAGUGUGUGUGUGUGUGUGCUCGCAUUGGAGGGCGCAUGCGAACUGAGGCCCACACGGGAAGCCUCUCCAGAUUUCUGCCAGCUGCCUUGCUAUAAACAUUUCAGAGUGGAGGAAGAAGACUAUGGAGGGGGGAACACACGAAUCCCCAUCCAAACUACCCUCGAAUAUCAACUCUUAGCGCUUUCUUAAAGAAACUAGUAGAGGCCAGAGAGAGUGGACCUUGCCGUCGAGGCUAACAAGCACCUUUCGAAGUGUUGUACGCGCUUCGUUUCCUCUCGGCUUGGGAAUAGAGGGCAUGCUGCACCAGAGGGGGGGUUCUCAAACAAACUAUCUGACCCUGGUGGUUAACUAAAGUCAGGCUCUGUGAGGCUCGCUGGAGGAGGGAGGGAACAGCAGUUAGCGUGAGGCCACCGUGGGGCUGCUGCGCUGCUAACACACAGCAGCAGGGAAGAGGGAAGAGGAGAUGGCCACAGGAGAAAUCACCACUCUACCCGCCACACCUGAAGAUGGAGGCAGUGGUGGCUUCCCUCCAGGAAACUUUAAGGAGCCCAAGAGGCUGUACUGUAAAAACGGGGGCUACUUCUUGAGGAUAAACUCUAAUGGAAGUGUGGACGGGAUCAGAGAGAAGAACGACCCCCACAUCAAGCUUCAACUCCAGGCGACCUCGGUGGGGGAGGUAGUGAUCAAAGGUGUCUCAGCCAACCGUUAUCUGGCUAUGAAUGGAGAUGGAAGACUGUUUGGAGCGAGACGGACAACAGAUGAAUGCUACUUCAUGGAGAGGCUGGAGAGUAACAACUACAACACCUACCGCUCUCGGAAGUACCCUGACAUGUAUGUGGCAAUGAAAAGGACUGGCCAGUACAAGUCAGGAUCCAAAACUGGACCCGGCCAAAAAGCCAUUCUCUUUCUCCCCAUGUCAGCUAGACGCUGAGCUCACCUUGUCUUACCAAUCUUAAAAGUCAGCCUGGCUGCAGUGCAAACAAACAAACGAGAUAUGAAAAAGACAAUGGAGCUUAUUCAUCAUCAGCAACAUCAUCAUCAUCCCUGUAGUUGGGUUCUUCAACGGCAGGCAUUUCAAUCAAUGGUGAAGGUGCAUAAAGAUGGUGGUCCCCCAUGUCCUUACAACAAACGCCUCAUUUGUUAAGUUUGCCGUAUUGUACAGUGCUCUCCAUUACUAUUUUUAUAUUGGCAUUAGUGCAGUAUACAUGAUCCCAAUUCUAGCUCCAAGACAGUGGCAAAUAAUCAAAUAAAAAGUAGAUUGUGCUGAUUUAUUGGUGCAUUGAACCAUGUCACGCACCGUAGUUUAAAAACUAUGUGGAUAGUGCUCAAACAAUGACUGAAUGAAUUUCUCCAUCUUUAUGCACCUUCGCCAUUCAACUAUAUAAUGUGAGUUUGACUAAGGCUGCUUCAAAUAUUGUAAUGUACAUUGAUAAUCUGCAUAUUCUUUCUCUAUUUAACAAUUUAGAAAAUACAUUUUAGACAAAAGUGAAAGUGAGAUGCCACUUUGUAGUUCUGGGCUUUAAAAAGUAAAGUUUUACUGCACGGCAGUAAAGGCUAGCUUUUUCAUGCCCAGAACUUUACUUGAUAAAACUUUUAAAUAGAACAUUGGGUUUGCAAAGCUAAAUCGAGCACACCAUUACUCUCUAAAGUCAUUGCAAGACAAACAGUAGACCUAGUACCU